UGAUGUCGCUCCCGAGCUGGAGGCCAACGAGACCAGCGAGAGCGGUGGGUAGAGCGGCUCCCUCGAGCUUCCGUCUGUGGUUCCCAUGGAAGCGGGGCAUGGCGGCCGCGGGUGCCAGCUGUAGGGAGCAGCGAUGCUGAGCUCCCAGCCCUGCGCCAUGAGCUGCCCGCAGCACUAGGGAUGCUGGGGCUGAAGGCUCGAGCCUCCGCCGAAGGAAGAUGCUCCAGACCAGCAACUACAGCUUGGUGCUGUUCCUGCAGUUUCUGCUGCUCUUCUAUGACCUGUUUGUCAAUUCCUUCUCGGAGCUGCUUCGCACGGCCCCCGCUGUCCAGCUUGUCCUCUUCAUCAUCCAGGACAUUGCCAUUCUCUUCAAUGUCAUCAUCAUUUUCCUCAUGUUCUUCAAUACCUUUGUCUUCCAAGCUGGACUGGUCAACCUCCUCUUCCACAAGUUCAAGGGCACCAUCCUUCUGUCGGCAGCGUACCUGGCACUCAGCAUCUCCUUCCACAUCUGGAUCAUGAACCUGCGCUGGAGGGAUUCCAGCCGCUUCAUCUGGACCGAAGGCCUGCAGACACUGUUUGUUUUCCAGCGGCUGGCGGCCGUGCUCUACUGCUACUUCUACAAGAGGACUGCAGUGCACCUGGGUGACCCGCUCUUCUACCAGGACUCGCUCUGGCUACGCAAGGAGUUUGCUCACUUCCGUGGUUGAUGGCCCCCACUGCAGGAGGGGCAGCUCCUCAUAGCCAGGGGAUGGAAGGUCUCAGCCCCCCCAGCUCCAGCCCAGCUGUGUUCCUCCUCUUCCUGGUGGUGCCCUGGGAGCUGGCAGGGUGCUCACAGCUCACAGCCCCUGGUGGGAUUGGGGCGUUUUUGUGAGUAGUGAGGAAAUAAAUUGUCUGUAUUUUCCA